AUUUGUUAUAGUUCACCAUGUUUUUCCCAUACCGAUGGUUUAUUGUAUUUAGUGUCACCGUACUAUCUAGUGUUACUAGUGAAAUUAACCAAACUUUUAGCUUGUCGAAUGUAACUUCCACCCACCCAUCUAGAUAUCAUGCGUUGGGAUUGUUCAACAAUGACCAUACCAGCAGGAAGCGAAUCGCUGUCAGAAAAUGUCAGUCGAACAAUUUCAUUUAUCCGGUAAAAAUACUUUCCACCGAGCAACCAUUCUUCUGUCCGGCUGUAUUCAUCAGUGCAGAUUCACUCCUUACUACGGCGCUAUGUUUAAAAAUGCUCCAACAUAAAGAUGAACAUCCCUCCAGUCAUAUGUUUCUAACUAUUGAUCGAGAGAAUGUGUUUUUCUACGAAAGUGGCCGUCGUUAUGUGAGUAAAGUUUUCUAUCAUACGAAAUUCGACGAUGAACCCGGUUACUAUAACGUGGCCAUUGUCAAGCUACGAUAUCCUGUAUACGAUAGCGACCCAUCUGGACGCAGUCACGUGUCAUGUUUGUGGCCGGAAAAACAUUUUAGAAAUUCCAAGGCUGUUCUUAGUGAAUGGUUCGAAUUUGAGCCGGAACAGAAUCCGUCCUUCCGUUGGCUAGAUCUGCCGAUCAUUCCACAAGAGGAAUGUCGAAAUGAACUAGGCAAAAUGGAGCAAUCUUUACCGGAACUAAGCCAAGGUCUGCAAGACUUCCAGACUUGUGUACGAGAUAAUCGGAAUAGUACGGUUAUACAGUUUUGCGAUGCCAGAUCAUCGGGUCCUCUGCAGAUGUCCGUCGGCAACACGGUGUAUGUGAUCGGUCUUCCUACAGUUCACAUCGACGAUUGCACUGUUCACGUGGAAGUUUUCAACAAGAUAACGCAUUACCUCGACUGGAUCGAAUCGGUUGUUUGGCCCGGUCAGGAAUAAGCAGUAAAAUGAAUGAUCAAUCUUACCCUCCAUAUAGCGAAUGGCAUAAAAUAGCAAAGGAAUUUGAUUUCAUUUUUUUCUCCAUUGAAUAAACCAACGAAUCACCCUAAUCAUCAUAAAAUAUUCGUAAAAUCAGAUCAAUUUACGUCAGGCAUGUCAGUUUGCAAUGAUAAAUAGCAGCCAAAAGAGAAGACGCCGAAGAAA